GACAUUUGGCUCAGCUGUCAGAACGUUAUCUCGGUCAAUUCCUGUUAAAUUCACAGAAGAGGCAGUUGCUAUCGGUGCACAACAUUUACUAAACUCAUUUACCGCAAACCCACACAUCGAAAAACAAAAAUGCCGAAAAAGAACGGUUUCUUUUAUUUUAUGCUCGACUACAAGAAGCGCGAGGAGGCCAAGGGACGAAAGUUCAGCGGCCUGGAUCAGGUGGCACCCAUUGCCGGCGAAGUAUGGAAGAAAAUGAACGCCCAGCAGCGUGAACCGUACAACGUGCAGGCGAAGCAGGACGUGUUAAACACGAGCGGUGGCAAGGGCAAGAUAACCAACAUUGGCAUACCGAUCAGCGAAAUUACGCAGGAAAAACGCGACCGGGAGAGCAAAGCGGAACGGCUGAAAAAGCUCGUCAGCACGCUGGUGAUGAAUGCUGCAUCGAAAAAUGUGCUUGAAAAGCAAGAGUUUUACUUCAUUUCCAUGGCCUACUUCUGUCGGACGAACACUGGCGUCCAUCUGCCGGCCGAGCUGGCCGUCGUGCGGUACAGUCUCGAGGGUGGCGUAAAGGACAAGCUCCACAUGUUCAUCAAUCCGGGCCGGCUGCCGAUCGGGAUGGCGUACGAUGCGCAGCGGCACGCCGAGGAGGACCACCAGCUGCCGCUGCCACCGAACGCGAUGGGCGUGUCGGAUUACGGUGACGUGGCGAUGAGGCUGUUCUCCUUUCUGCUGCAGAACGACGACAUGCCGCUACUGUUCACCGACGAGACCGAUGUGCCCCGGGUGGAAAGCAUGCUGGAGCACAUUCUGAGCGACCAUCUCAGCGAGAUUGAGCUGCGCAUCUGCCCGCUGGCGGAGCUGUUCUUCCGGCUGAAGCAAAACGUCGAGCUGUACAUGAUGGACCAGACCACCUUCCCGUCCGUGUACAUUGCGCAGCAAAUCAUCACGAAGGACGUGUACGACUACACCAAGGGCAUCAGCUGCGACUACCACGAGGAGAAGGACAACGUGCUGUACUGCCCGCUGUCCCGGUGCAUCCGCUGGGCGUACAUCAUCUCGGACAACUGCUGCCAGGACAUGGGCAUCGAGCCGAUCCCCGGGAAGCAUGUGCCGCUGAACGCCAACACCAACCCGACCGCCUGCACCUACGAUCUGUCCUCGUUCGUGUCGGCGCACGACGACCGGGACUCGUUCGUGUCCGGGUCGAACGUCAGCCGUUUCACGAACCCGCUGACCGGAGAUUCCUACGCCAGCAGCCAGCUGCCGGCGUCGGCGGGUCGAGGUGCAAAGCGUUUCGGUCCGGGCGGCAGUUCGCGGGCCAACAGCAGCAGCAGUGCGGUACGGUCGCACUUUGAAAGCGUCGAAGAGUCGAUCAAUACAAACAGCUCGCUUGAAAGCAGCUCGCUCGAAAGCAGCUCGCAAAGCGACGAUAAGACGGAGCUGCACGAAAGCCUCAAACGUUCGGCCGCGUGGGAAAGCAACAGCAGCAUGGCGGGUGGCAGUGCCUGGGGCCCGGAAACAAAGUCGCCCGCCAGUAGCAGCUUCCGUGGGGCGGGCCGUGGACGGGGCCAGCUGCUGGAGGAGUUUCCACCGCUUGCCGGCGUUGGUGGACGUGGCCGCGCUCGGCGGUUCCUGUGAGCCGGGAGAUUUUUUUCUGUCUUUUCGCAGUUUUUUUUUUAAUCAUUCAUUACUUUCUGUGCGCGUGCCUUCGGUUAGGGAUAUAGUGCCAUGAGCAGAUUUCGAAAACAAAACGCAAACAAUUAGAAUUACAUCCAAAACGAACAAUCAAGAGCUUACUUACUGACUCGCGCGCUUCAUUGUGCACAAGGGCGACGACUUUUUUUUUUUUUUUUUAAAGCAUUUUUACUUGGGCUUAACCAAAGCCAAUGAUUUUUUUUCCCAAGAUUCCCAACCACUCGUUUCGGUAUUAUGAAAUCGUCUGAAUUACGUAUUAAUAAAAGUAGUACGUAAAGAACUUA